GGGGGUGGGGUUGUGGCGGUGCUUCGGGUGACCACGGUCAAUAAUGAAGGUGGCUGCGGCGCCACGGCAGGCUCAGCAGCACCGGGCGGGGGCGGCGCCGUGGCUGCGCCUGUAGAACCUCCGGGCAGAAGCGGCGAGAUGGGAACCCGGCUCAGGGAGUGAGGUGGCGGCGGCGGCCAGCAGAACUUCAGCCAGAGGGGCUCUUCCGCUCACCCCUCUGGCUGAUCGGCCUCCACCUGCAGCCCCUCGGUCCCCGCGUCCCGCGGGACCGGGACGGCGACAGUGGGGGCAUGUGGCGCUGGGUCCGGCAGCAGCUGGGUUUUGACCCACCACAUCAAAGUGACACAAGAACUAUUUACAUAGCCAACAGAUUUCCUCAGAAUGGCCUUUACACACCUCAGAAAUUUAUAGAUAACCGGAUCAUUUCAUCAAAGUAUACUGUGUGGAAUUUUGUUCCAAAAAAUUUAUUUGAACAAUUCAGAAGAGUGGCAAACUUUUAUUUUCUUAUUAUAUUUUUGGUUCAGCUUAUGAUUGAUACACCUACCAGCCCAAUUACCAGUGGACUUCCAUUAUUCUUUGUGAUAACAGUAACUGCUAUAAAGCAGGGAUAUGAAGAUUGGUUACGACAUAACUCAGAUAAUGAAGUAAAUGGAGCUCCUGUGUAUGUUGUUCGAAGUGGUGGCCUUGUUAAAACUAGAUCAAAAAACAUUCGGGUGGGUGAUAUUGUUCGAAUAGCCAAAGAUGAAAUUUUCCCUGCAGAUUUGGUGCUUUUGUCCUCAGAUCGACCUGAUGGUUCUUGUCACAUUACAACUGCUAGUUUGGAUGGAGAAACUAACCUGAAGACACAUGUGGCAGUUCCAGAAACAGCAGUAUUACAAACAGUUGCCAAUUUGGACACUCUUUUAGCUGUGAUAGAAUGUCAGCAACCAGAAGCAGACUUGUACAGAUUCAUGGGACGAAUGAUAAUAACUCAACAAAUGGAAGAAAUUGUAAGACCUCUGGGGCCAGAGAGUCUUUUGCUUCGUGGAGCCAGAUUAAAAAACACAAAAGAAAUUUUUGGUGUUGCUAUAUACACUGGAAUGGAAACAAAGAUGGCAUUAAAUUACAAGAGCAAGUCACAGAAACGAUCUGCAGUAGAAAAGUCAAUGAAUACAUUUUUGAUAAUUUAUCUAAUAAUACUUAUUUCUGAAGCCAUCAUCAGUACUAUCUUGAAAUACACAUGGCAAGCUGAAGAAAAAUGGGAUGAACCUUGGUAUAACCAAAAAACAGAACAUCAAAGAAAUAGUAGUAAGAUUCUGAGAUUUAUUUCAGACUUCCUUGCCUUUUUGGUACUCUACAAUUUCAUCAUUCCAAUUUCAUUAUAUGUGACAGUUGAAAUGCAGAAAUUUCUUGGAUCAUUUUUUAUUGGCUGGGAUCUUGAUCUCUAUCAUGAAGAAACAGAUCAGAAAGCUCAAGUCAAUACUUCUGACCUGAAUGAAGAGCUUGGACAGGUGGAGUACGUGUUUACAGAUAAAACUGGUACACUGACGGAAAAUGAAAUGCAGUUUCGAGAAUGUUCAAUUAAUGGCAUAAAAUACCAAGAAAUCAAUGGUAGACUUGUAUCCGAAGGACCAACACCAGAUUCUUCACAAGGAAACUUAACUUAUCUUAGUAGUUUAUCCCAUCUUAACAGCUUAUCCCAUCUUACAUCCAGUUCUUCUUUUAGAACCAGUCCUGAAAAUGAAACUGAACUAAUUAAAGAACACGAUCUCUUCUUUAAAGCAGUCAGCCUCUGUCACACGGUACAGAUUAGUAAUGUUCAGACUGACGGCAUUGGUGAUGGGCCCUGGCAAUCCAGCCUUGCACCAUCCCAGUUGGAGUACUAUGCAUCUUCACCAGAUGAAAAGGCUCUAGUAGAAGCUGCUGCAAGAAUCGGCAUUGUGUUUAUUGGCAAUACCGAAGAAACUAUGGAAGUUAAAACACUUGGAAAACUGGAACGGUACAAACUGCUUCAUAUUCUGGAAUUUGAUUCAGACCGUAGAAGAAUGAGUGUAAUUGUUCAGGCACCUUCAGGUGAGAAGAUUUUAUUUGCUAAAGGAGCUGAAUCAUCAAUUCUCCCUAAAUGUAUAGGUGGAGAAAUAGAAAAAACCAGAAUUCAUGUAGAUGAAUUUGCUUUGAAAGGACUAAGAACUCUGUGCAUGGCUUACAGACAGUUGACAUCUAAAGAGUAUGAGGUAAUAGAUAGACGCCUAUUUGAAGCCAGGACAGCCUUGCAGCAAAGAGAAGAGAAAUUGGCAAAUGUCUUCCAGUUUAUAGAGAAAGACCUGAUAUUACUUGGAGCCACAGCAGUAGAAGACAGACUACAAGAUAAAGUACGAGAAACUAUUGAAGCAUUGAGAAUGGCUGGUAUCAAAGUAUGGGUACUUACCGGAGAUAAACAUGAAACAGCUGUUAGUGUGAGUUUAUCAUGUGGACAUUUUCACAGAACCAUGAAUAUCCUUGAACUUAUAAACCAGAAAUCAGACAGUGAAUGUGCUGAACAAUUGAGGCAGCUUGCCAGAAGAAUUACAGAGGAUCAUGUGAUUCAGCACGGGCUGGUCGUGGAUGGGACCAGCCUAUCUCUUGCACUCAGGGAGCAUGAAAAACUAUUUAUGGAUGUUUGCAGAAGUUGUUCAGCUGUAUUGUGCUGUCGUAUGGCACCACUACAGAAAGCCAAGGUAAUAAGACUGAUAAAAAUCUCACCUGAGAAACCUAUAACAUUGGCUGUUGGCGAUGGUGCUAAUGAUGUCAGCAUGAUACAAGAAGCACAUGUUGGCAUAGGAAUCAUGGGUAAAGAAGGAAGACAAGCUGCAAGAAACAGUGACUAUGCAAUAGCUAGAUUUAAAUUCCUCUCCAAAUUGCUUUUUGUUCAUGGUCAUUUUUAUUAUAUUAGAAUAGCUACUCUUGUACAGUUUUUUUUUUAUAAGAAUGUGUGCUUUAUCACACCCCAAUUUUUAUAUCAGUUCUACUGUUUGUUUUCUCAACAAACACUGUAUGACAGCGUGUACCUGACUUUGUACAAUAUUUGUUUUACCUCCCUACCUAUUCUGAUAUAUAGCCUUCUAGAACAGCACGUAGACCCUCAUGUAUUACAGAGUAAGCCUACCCUCUAUCGAGACAUUAGUAAAAACCGUCAACUGAGCAUUAAAACUUUUCUUUAUUGGACCAUCCUUGGUUUCAGUCAUGCCUUUAUUUUCUUUUUUGGAUCCUAUUUUCUAAUGGGGAAAGAUGUAUCGCUGCUUGGAAAUGGCCAGAUGUUUGGAAACUGGACAUUUGGCACCUUGGUCUUCACAGUCAUGGUUAUUACAGUCACAGUAAAGAUGGCUUUGGAAACUCAUUUUUGGACCUGGAUCAACCAUCUUGUUACCUGGGGAUCUAUUAUAUUCUAUUUUGUAUUUUCUUUGUUUUAUGGAGGGAUUCUCUGGCCAUUUUCAGGCUCCCAGAAUAUGUACUUUGUAUUUUUUCAGCUCCUAUCAAGUGGUUCUGUUUGGUUUGCCAUAAUCCUCAUGGUUGUUACAUGUCUAUUUCUUGAUAUUGUGAAGAAAGUAUUUGACAGACAGCUCCAUCCUACAAAUACUGAAAAGGCACAGAUGUACUCCAACACAGUUGCUUUAAGUGACGAGUUCAUCGCACUGCAGCCAUUGUCGAGGGCAAGGAAUCAGCUGAGCAAACUUAGCUUACUGAAACAAAUUCAAGUAUCAAGUGCUUGGACUCCAUGUGCUGUUUCUCAGGAGAAGCAGCGUGCACAUCUGUUGGAAGAAUGCUGGAACGAGUGAUAGGAAGAUGUAGUCCGGCCCAUGUCAGCAGAUCAUGGAGUGCAUCGGAUCCUUUCUAUACCAACGACAGGAGCAUCUUGACUCUCUCCACAAUGGACUCAUCUACUUGUUAAAAGGGCAGUAGUACUUUGUGGGAGCCAUUUCAACUCCCUUUCUAAAAUUCAAUGUGAUCAUCCUGGUAAUGGCCAGGACUGAAGAGUUACUUUCUGAAAUCUGUGGAAUCGUUCAUACCCACUCAGAGUUACAAUGGCAAACAAACAAAAAGGCAUCACGUGAACCACUGUCAACCCCCAUAAUUUUAAUCUGAACAUGUUAAAAUUUGUGAAUAAAGAGACACUUUCCAUUUCUCGUCUGGGUUGUCCCCGUGCUUAUGGGACUCCUAAUGGCAUUUCAGACUCUUGCUAAGGCCACUAUAUUUUACUAUCAAGGUAGAAAAGAGAGAUAAUCCCUAGUUAAUUGUAUUUUUUAGUAUUAGCUUAGGUAUUGAGUCUUCUAUUUAAAUCUGCUUCUGUAAAUUAUGCUGAAAAGUUUGCCUUGAAAACUCUAUUUUUUUAUUAGAGUUAUAUUUGAAGCUUUUCAUGGGAAAAGUAAGUGUGAAUAGUAAGGAAUUUUGGUCCCUCAGUGACCCAUGUUGUUAAUUCAUUAGUGCUUUCUAAGUUCAUAGAGCACAUUAGGACAAUGCAUUUCUAACCAUUAUUUACUGCACUGUGGAUAGUAAACAUAUACCAAUACCAAACUCCUCUAAAUAUACUGUAACACAACCAGUCAAGUUAACCAUAUACAUGCAAAGAUACGUGUACAUAUCUUACACGUAAAUUGGAAAUCAAGUCCGUUCAACAGAUUUCAAAUUGAUGUUUACUAAUAUUUUUAUGACAGAAUAUGAAGUGAGUAAAUUAGGUAUCAUUAGCCUAUUAUGAUUUAAUGUGUUUAUCAUUGGAUCUUUUGCAUGCUUUAAUCUGGUUAAUAUAUUUAAAUUUGCUUUUUUCCCUCCAUCUGAAGGCUCUGUUUAUAGUAUUUUAUGACACUGUUGUAAAGUUCAACUAUAUCAAUAAAAAACAAGUUUGGACAGUAUUUAAAUAUUGCAAAUACUUUUAAUUAUAUAAAUCAAAAUAUUACGGUAAUUAAAUCAAUAAAAAGUGAAGAGCCUCUGUCUGUGGCUUAGAAUUGCUCUUGCCUUUCGGUAAGCUAGAUUUUAGCAUAAAGGAUUUCAGAUAAGAAUCCUGUUAUUUUUAGGUUAGUAUACGUAUCUAAGUUGUAGCGGACUACCACAGUAAAGUGAAAUCUGUCCAGGGUUCCAUUAGAUGGUAUAUUUUUAGGUGUGGCUAUAGAAUGUAAAUGAAACAAAGUCUAAAAUGCUAAAUUUUAUGAGGAAAUGGCAGCAAUAAAUUAAAAUGCUAAGAAUCAUUCAUUAAUCAAGUACAUAUUACUGUAUUAACUCACUGCACUUUGAUGCUUAAUUUCCAUCCUGAAUAUAUCAUGUAGAUCCAUUGUUGUUAUUUGUUUUGAUCAAAGGUAAUGUUGUUUUAAAGUUUGGAAAUGAUUGUUGGUUUAGAACUAUUGCCCAGCUCUAAGCAUAUAAUGAUUGUAUACAUAGACAUUUUAAACUGUAUGGAAAUGGUUAAAUAAGGUUUUGCCAAAUUUUUCCCUUGAGAAUGUAAUAAUUCCUUUUUGUAGACUUAUGUGCAACCCUCCACCUCUUUCCCAUUUCAUGAAUAUAAGACUUCUUGAAUUGGGCUGAUGGGGAAAGAUUGUUAGAGUCAAGAAUUAAGACUACCUUUGUUCACUGGUAAACUAUUUUCUCCCUAAUGUCACAUUUGCCUGUUUCAAUGUAAGGAUAUUAGGUUAUGAAUUUCAGACUAAAUACUAAUUUUCGUACAUAGGCCUUCUUUAACUUAGAUAUUCCAAAGUUGGGUUUAAGAAGAAAUUGUUUUUCUGGAAAUACAUUAAAGGGAUAAUAAACUACAGUAUGUACACUCACCAAUUCAAUUCCAGAAGAGGACAUAUUGCAGAAAUAUUCAGUAAUUUAGUGGAGGAUAAUUUGCUUUUCUCAGAAUCUCUCAUAAAGUGUUCAUGUAAGAAAAUGACAUUCAGUAGUCCGGCAUGACCUCUCCCUUACAGUGUUUUAUUUGCCAUCAGCUAAACUGACUACUGACACUACAGGACAGCAGAGCCAUCAGGCGGUCUGUGACCAGCUGCGGAAGGCAGGGAGAUCAGCUAACAUACGCAUUGUGCUUACGAUGUGACUGAUGUCACUUUUUGCAUUCACUGUUCGAACUUAUUUAAGAACUUGAUGUAAAAACAAGUAAAUGCAUCAUCCACUGAUAAUGCUCAUCCUACUCUGUUGUUCAAAAUCUAUUCCACUUCAAGGAAGAGUCUUAUAAUUGUAAAACAAGGGGUUUCUUCUAUUUAUUUAAGAAAGUACCAGUGUUGUCUAUAAGAUUUCAAUAGUUUUCUAGUGGUGAGAGUCAUACUGUGAAACUAUUACUACAUAACCAGUAAUCACAGAAAAUUUUCCCUUUGCAUAUUCUUUAAAAUUCUUUGGAAAGUAUGAUGUUGGUAAUUAAUAUACUUUUAUCUGCCAAAACCAGAGUAAGAUGCUGCAUGUGGUAUCGCUAGUUGAUGGUCUCACAUCUGUUUGCCUCGCUUGCCUUGGCCUAGUCUGAAGGCUGUAGCCCUGAAGAUAGUAGCAAGCACCAAGUGAGCCUCCAGAAUCGCCCGUCAGCUGCUUUUGGUGACGCAGCAGCCUGCCUCAGCCUUAGCAAACAUUAGUCUCCCCCUAGCAGGUGAGUGUCGGCCAGGAGAGCUACCCCGGCCUACUGGGGGAUUGAGAAGAAAAGGGGGGAGAAUUUACAGUUUGAAUUUCUCUUAAAUACCCUCCUCCUUGAAUCUUAAUCUCCAUGAUAUCCUAAAGUUUCUGGACCUCUUCCAAACUCUGGCCCUGUCCUGAGUUGGAAAUUUAAACAGAGGCACAUCGCCCUAUUAGGAAAUACCUUUACUUAGACCAGGCUCAUUUCUACUGCAUGAGACUGAAAUCGGGCUUGUGUGAGAAAUUUGAGACUCCUUGCUAGUAGGCAGGAGUCAAGGUCAGUAAAAAAUUUUAAAUUAACACCAAAAGUUUUUAAAAUACGCUAUUCUGAAAAGUUACUGGAGUCUGGGGAAAAAGAAAAUGACCCAUGUUUUGUUUUUCCUAUAAAGAUCAAUUUGGAGUACGAUAUAAGCAGGUAUUGAUAAAACUAACACACCAAAGACUUAUAUAAAACAUGUUUUAUUAAUUUUGGUCCCCGUUUAGAGACAUUUUCAUUUCUAUCUUGAAAUUAGUCAUCAAUUUUCAUAAAAAUAAAACAUUAACAAUUUGUUUAUGUGAGAUAACUUGAAUGAUGUUCCUACAAAAAUAGAUCAUAACUAAUGAUAUGGUUGUAAUAAUGGUGAUUGUAAGAUUUUUAUGAGGAAUUCGUAGCUGGAAACACUGUAGCAACACUUAGUUUAAAAUUUUGGAACUUAGACACACUGUGGCUGUCUAAUACAAUCCUUUAACUUUUUUCUGCAUUUUCAGUAAAUUUAGUAUAUUUAUUGUACAGUUCUCAGUAAUUUUUUAAAGUUUAUGAAAUUAUAUUUAUCAAAUAAAAAUUUUCCUAUAUAAUUAAAAGUGUUUUUCAGUCAUUUAAGCAUGUUAAUAAGCCUCUCUGCUCAUCACAACCAGCACUGCCAAAUUUGUUUCAAGUGAAAUUUUA